GAGCGUGGUUUGUGGCAUUGCCGACAACCACGAUGACGGUGAGGCAGACUCGGCGGCCGCUGCUCCUGCUGCUCCUCGUGGUUUGCAUCUGCUGCCUCCUCGCUCGCCCAGCGCUAGCCAGCGCCAAUGGCAAUGACGAUGCUGCCGAUGACGACGACGACGACGACUGGUUUGGCGGCGCCGACGAGAUCGAGGUCGAGGUCGACGAUGGCAUGGCAUGCUUGGCACGCCUACAUGCGUCGCUGCUCAACGAUGGCUACUGCGACUGCCCGAGCGCCGACGACGAGCUGCUCACUGGUGCGUGUGGCUCGGGCGAAUUCACCUGCGCCACGUCGGCGAAAGUGCUUCCAUCCGCGUUUGUCGACGACGGCGUCUGCGACUGCUGCGACGGGUCCGACGAGCCAUCCUCAAUGGGCUGUGUCAAUACGUGCGACGCAGACGCCAGUGCGGUGCGCCAGCGCCUCGAGACCGUUCUCACCGACGUCGAAGCAGGCGUGCGCGCCAAGGCCACGCUCAUCGCCGGCGCCGGCGCCGCCCGCGCCCAGUUUGCAACGGACGUUGCGCACUGGGCGACCAUGGCCAACGAGGUAGCCGCCGAGAUGGAUGCGAUACAGACGCAUUUCAAGUCGUCCAACGCCAAGCCGACCCACGAGGACCAGCAGCAGUUCCGGUACCUGCAGUACCUACAACAAAAAGCCCAGUACUACCAGUACGUGUAUGGGAAUCUCCUUGAGACCGACUUUGGCGACCAAGACGCAUUCGCAUCGCUCGUCGGGCAGUGCUUUGAGUAUACCGUGAACGAAAAGGCGCUCAAAGGCGGGACGUCCAACACGGUCGCACGGACGUACGUCAUGGUUCUCUGCCCGUUCCUCAACGUGACGCAGACCGAGCCUGCGUACCAUGAGUGGCGGCUCGCACAGAAGCAAGCGCAGGCGGGCGAGACGCAUAUCACGCCGCCGACGGAGCGCGAAGAGCAACGACCGAUCUUGCUCGGCGUGUGGGCCAACUGGACGACCGACGUGCCGCCGAGGCACGUUGGCCUGCCGCAUGCACUGUACGACGAGGCACCGACGCCGUUGGAGGCCGACCCGUCGCCCAUCCGCGUCCAAGUGUACGACCACGGCGAGCGCUGCGGCGAGGCGCCCCGGCGCGUGCAUGUGCAGAUGGAGUGUGCGUCGAGCAACUACGUCAAGUUUGUCGAAGAAGGGUCUCUGUGCGUCUACAGCAUCGGCUUUGCGACGCCGGCUGCGUGCUCGGCAGCGUACGUGCGCCACCUGCAGUCGGUUCUAAGUGCGUCGGCACGCCACGACGAGCUCUAACAAGUCGAUAAAGACGCCAUCCAAGACGGAUAAUUUUUGAC